ACUAUUUUUAUUGCGGAAGGAUAUGGUCAAUGACGUAGCUGCCUGUAAUAUAUAAAGGGCUUUUGCAAGGGAGUCGCUAGAAGUUACCACACGAAAGUGAAGACUUGAGAGAAACUGCUAACGACGAAUAAGAUACUAAGAAGCGGCACUUUUCAACCGUUUAAACAUGCAAAUCUUUGUGAAGACCCUCACUGGCAAGACCAUCACCCUUGAGGUGGAGCCCAGUGACACCAUUGAAAAUGUGAAGGCUAAAAUCCAGGACAAGGAAGGCAUUCCCCCUGACCAGCAGAGGUUGAUCUUUGCCGGAAAACAGCUGGAAGAUGGCCGCACCCUCUCUGACUACAAUAUUCAGAAAGAAUCCACCCUCCAUCUUGUCCUGCGUCUGCGAGGUGGCAUGCAAAUCUUUGUGAAGACCCUCACUGGCAAGACCAUCACCCUCGAGGUGGAGCCUAGUGACACCAUUGAAAACGUCAAGGCCAAAAUCCAGGACAAGGAAGGCAUUCCCCCUGACCAGCAGAGGUUGAUCUUUGCUGGCAAGCAACUUGAAGAUGGCCGCACCCUCUCAGACUACAAUAUUCAGAAAGAAUCCACCCUCCAUCUUGUCCUGCGUCUGCGAGGUGGCAUGCAAAUCUUCGUGAAGACCCUCACUGGCAAAACCAUCACCCUCGAGGUGGAGCCUAGUGACACCAUUGAGAACGUCAAGGCCAAAAUCCAGGACAAGGAAGGCAUUCCCCCUGACCAGCAGAGGUUGAUCUUUGCCGGCAAACAGCUGGAGGAUGGCCGCACCCUCUCUGACUACAACAUUCAGAAGGAGUCCACCCUCCAUCUUGUCCUGCGUCUGCGAGGUGGCAUGCAAAUCUUCGUGAAGACCCUCACUGGCAAGACCAUCACCCUCGAGGUGGAGCCCAGUGACACCAUUGAGAAUGUCAAGGCUAAAAUCCAGGACAAGGAAGGCAUUCCCCCUGACCAGCAGAGGUUGAUCUUUGCUGGCAAGCAACUUGAAGAUGGCCGCACCCUCUCAGACUACAAUAUUCAGAAAGAAUCCACCCUCCAUCUUGUCCUGCGUCUGCGAGGUGGCAUGCAAAUCUUCGUGAAGACCCUCACUGGCAAAACCAUCACCCUCGAGGUGGAGCCUAGUGACACCAUUGAGAACGUCAAGGCCAAAAUCCAGGACAAGGAAGGCAUUCCUCCUGACCAGCAGAGGUUGAUCUUUGCAGGAAAACAGCUGGAAGAUGGCCGCACCCUCUCUGACUACAACAUUCAGAAGGAGUCCACCCUCCAUCUUGUCCUGCGUCUGCGAGGUGGCAUGCAAAUCUUUGUGAAGACCCUCACUGGCAAGACCAUCACCCUCGAGGUGGAGCCCAGUGACACCAUUGAGAACGUCAAGGCCAAAAUCCAGGACAAGGAAGGCAUUCCCCCUGACCAGCAGAGGUUGAUCUUUGCUGGCAAGCAACUUGAAGAUGGCCGCACCCUCUCUGACUACAACAUUCAGAAGGAGUCCACCCUCCAUCUUGUCCUGCGUCUGCGAGGUGGUAUGCAAAUCUUCGUGAAGACCCUCACUGGCAAGACCAUCACCCUUGAGGUGGAGCCUAGUGACACCAUUGAGAACGUCAAGGCCAAAAUCCAGGACAAGGAAGGUAUUCCCCCCGAUCAGCAGAGGCUGAUCUUUGCUGGCAAGCAGCUUGAGGAUGGCCGCACCCUUUCCGACUACAACAUUCAGAAGGAGUCCACCCUCCAUCUUGUCCUGCGUCUGAGGGGUGGCCAGUAAUAAAAAAAAAGUUCCAUGUUACUUCUAAAGUGAAAGUUGUUUAAGGUGUUUCCCAUGUUGACCAAAUGUUGAAUGCACAUUGUUGGAAUAAAAUAUUAAACUUAA